AUGUAACAGGACAAUUAGUAUGAAAACACAUACUACUAAUCCAAAGGACUCAAUUAGCACACUCGACAAUCACUUAAACCCUUUCUUUUACCUUAAACAGAAGCCAGCACACAUCGCUUUUCCUAAUUAGAGUAUUGUACUGAGCCUACUUCAAGUAUGGUAGAUCCAAUUGGAGCAUAAACUGAUCGAACCCAUAUUAAAAAUAAUAGAUAGAUAGUCAAACAUAUCAAACAUGCUAAUAUCGAACCAGAAUCUAAUAUUCUAAAUGAAGAAAAGAACAAACUACAAACUAAGUUUAACUUACUAGACUCUUUUACUUAAAGAAAUUCAUAACAUCAAUUAAGUGUUAAAUAUGACAUCAAAUAAGAAAUUUUAUAAAGGAAGUUUAGUGAAUAAAAAUUAGGUUUCAAAGUAUAGCAAUUAGAUGAAGAAUAAGAGUCUCAUGUUUUCUUAAGAAGAAAUUAAUUCUUUUAUACUUCUUUACGAAUAAAAGAUAGGUAUUCUCCUUUAACUCUACAAAUAAGAAUUUAAUAAGGUGAUCCAAAUACUAGAAUAAGAAUAUUUGCAUCACCAAAAUUCAUCUAACCUAAUCGAUUUAAUGCUGCUGUAGAAGUUAGUGGGAGAUAAUUAAAAUAUGCCUCUAAUUCUGAAAUGUUUUAAGAGGAAAUCUUAUAUGUUGCUAUUUUUGCAUUAAAUGAACUAUCUAUUGGUAUCAAUAUUGAAUUUGGGAGACCAACAACUAGAAAAGUUGUUUAAAGAGAAAGAAAAGAAAAAUCUACACAUGAAUUUCCUCCUGAUUUAGAAUAACAAAUAGAAGAAAUUAUGAUUAGAAGAAGGCUUCGUUAUGCAAAUUAAUAAAAUUAUGUAGAAUUAAAUAAAUGUUCUUAAAUUUCACGUAGAAUUCCAGAAUAGCCUCCUACUCCAAAACAUUUAGAAAUUAAAUAAAAAAUAAGAAGAAUGAAAGUUGAGCAAAGUCUAAAAAGAGUUGCUUAAUUAUAAGUUCAUGACAUAGCCAAAUAAAUUCAUAGAAAAUAGUUAGAAAUGCAAAGAGAAAUAAAACAUAGAGAGUAUGUUUAAAAGUCUUGGCUUAAAAUUGUUUGUUUAAUCAAUAUUUUAGCUCCUGGAAUAAAUGAAUUUAUUGAAAAUCAAAGAAAAAUCGCUGCUAAAAAUAUGAAAAAAUAAAUAUAUUUAGUGUAACUACUUAAUAAAAUUAAAAAAAGAGUAGAGAAAUUUGGUCCUAAUUGUAAAUUAAGAACAAUAUUAUAAGGAAAAUGGUAAAAAUUAUUAAAUUUUUAUUAGUUGUUUACAAUUGAUAGCAAAUAAUUCAAGAAUUGUAGCAAAAAGAAGAGCAUAAAAGAUAAUUACACAAGUUUUGUAAAGCAAUAUAACUUGUUUUAUUACUGAGAGCAAAGGCACUCAUGUUGUCAAUUUAAGUAAUGCGAAAAAAAAUAUGAAGUAAAGAAAUGCGUGAAUCGAUUAGUGAAGCACAAGAUUAGUAGAAUUGAAUUUAUGAGCAAUCUUAAACUUUUCUUGAGUGUUUAGUAUAAGUAGCUUUACUAAAUAGCUCUAAGAUAUAGUAAAUAGAGUGAUUCAGUUAAAAAUAAAAGAGAUCCAAUACAUUUUCUUUUGUAUGAUGCGUAAAAUUAAUAUAUUAUUAUUAUUCUAGUUCUUUUUUGCAUCAAAUGACCAAGAAAUUACUAAAUCAUGUUUUUGAAAAAUGGAAUAAAAAUUUUAUCACAUUUAGAAAUGCAAUAAAAGAAGAAAGAGAAAGAAAAGGUAAAAAGGGAGUGGCUCUAUUUUGGCAACCUCCAAAAUUAUUUGAAUUACCUGAAGAUAUAGUGGUUAGGCUAUUUUUAUUUGAAGAAUUGGAGAAGAGAGGAUUAAUAACAAGAGAAUACAAAGAAUGA